CAUGAAUAGUGUUAAUAAUGAAUGCGAAAAUUUAAGAUAUUUAAAUAGAAAAUAUAUUGAAUAUUUGAAAGCCGGACAGAAAAAGGCUCACCAGCUUAUUAUGCUUACAAAAUCAAGUGGGAAUGUGGAAACUAGCAAGCAUAUAGACCAAAUAGAACUUUAUGAUGAUCCAAAGGUUAGUGGUACAGAAGAUUUUGAAACAUUUUCAAGACCUCUCAUGACUAAAGAUGAUAUAAAUACUAUAUGGGUUGAUAAGGAUUCUCAAAAAGAUGCUAGAAUGAAGUUGAAUUGCUCAAAAGAAUUUUCGGCAACUAUUCCCAGAUCAAUUUUAAAAAAUACUACAGACAGAUCUGAAGAAAGAUCAGUUAGUGCCUUGGACUGUCAAGAAAAGAAAAAUGACAGAAAAAAGAAGCUCUUAUUCUCCGAUGGAAAUGACAGACAGAAUGCUAGCACGGUAUUAGAGCUUGCUAAGAGGAAACAGAAGGAUACUUUAAAUCAGAAACCCUCGUCUGACGAUUAUCCUACAACUGUUAACACUUGUUUAUGGACAAGAGGAAAGAACAAUGAUCCUUUAUUAGGAUACGACUGGAUUGCUGCUAACUUAGAAAAUGACGAUGAUCAUAAUCUCGAUGAUAAAUCAGAAAAUUACUUCGAAGAGCUUAGACAAUUUCGUAAUUUACAUAGAAAAGAAUGCAUGACCUCAGCUAAUCCAUCCAAAAUACUCGGUCUCGACGUUGAACGACCAAUAUCUCCUGAAAUAUCUGAUCCAGGACACAAAUGUAUUCAUGGAUUUACCAUCAACAAAAGGCUAUUUACAGAGCCGAUUUAUUCAGACGAACAAGGAAGAAGUGUCUGUCCUGUUUGUCAUACCACUCGAAAAGAGCCUGUUGAAGAUGAUCCUGGUUUUGUUAGAGUCAGCAUUCCUCGUUCCACACUAGAACAAGCUUAUCGAUUCCGUCCUCGAGCCAAAGGUUAUUAUGAAGGGACUGAUUCUUGCUCUUUGGCCGCGCAUUGCCAAACUGGAUGGGAAAUCUGUCAACCACAUAUUAAAAAGCCGCCUUCGAAUUUGGAUUUAAAAUAUUCUAAGAGAAAUCCUGGAGAUUUUACCGUCGCAGACGUGGAAAAAAUUGCACAAAGUCAUAGCAGACGCUCUAGAUUGACAGAUGAACUCUUGGGAAAAGCCCAUUCAUUCCGUUUGGAACAAAAUGGUAGAGAAGAUAAAGAACAUUUGAGUUUUAGCGGUGUCUCAACAAGAUACCCUGUUUUCUAG